AUGCCAGCAUACCAUUCAUCUUUGAACGAAGAGCCAGAUGUUCGCCAGGUCGGCAAUAUGUCGAUUCUUCCUAUAAAGACGAAAUAUCGAGGAGUAGCGCCUCUUGCUGAUCCUUCUCAACCCGAUAUAAUCGACGAAACUCUUGAUCUAUUUCGAGCCAACUCCCUCUUCCGCAACUUUGAAAUCAAAGGCCCUGCAGACCGUACCCUCAUCGUUCUCAUCCUGUUCAUAUCAGAUUGUUUGGCCAAAAUCGGGAGCAACCCUCGUUCUACACCGACCAAACUUGAGGCGACCAAAUCGCUGAAUACUUUAUCUGUGGACAGUUUCCCGAUACCAGGAGAUGCGAACUUUGCUUUGAAUGCACAUUAUGCUCCGGCUGCGAGCCGUGCGGAUGCUGAAUUCCUUCGUUCGUAUCUUACCCAGGUGCGGCAGGAACUAUCGCUGCGUUUGGUCAAUAUCCUCUACGCCGAUGGCGAUGUUCCCAGUAAAUGGUGGAUGUCCUUCCAAAAGAGACGAUUCAUGAACAGAAGUUUGGGUGCAUAA